AUGAGGAAAGUUAGAUUUCGAAGAGUCCGGAUACUUGAGGUGGGAGGAGUCCCAAUCCCAGCAUACAGCCAGCCUGCUGGGGUGCGUGAAUCUAGAAGUGGGGUGGUGCAACCCCUCCACACAAGUGAUGAGGGACCAAGGACAUGUUCAAACAGUCUGCUAAGCCUUGCAGAGAUUCCCAUACCAAGUGUGCCUGCGUUCCAGCCGUCCACCCCCAUCCCUGAGCGCUUGGAAGCUGUCCAGCGCUACAUCAGGGAGCUUCAGUACAAUCACACUGGGACACAAUUCUUUGAGAUUAAGAAGAGCAGACCUCUGACUGGGCUGAUGGACCUGGCCAAAGAAAUGACCAAAGAGGCCCUGCCAAUAAAAUGCCUGGAAGCUGUGAUCCUGGGAAUUUACCUCACCAACAACAUGACCACGCUGGACCGUUUCCCCAUCAGCUUCAAAACCCACUUCUCAGGGAACUACUUCCGACACAUUGUGCUGGGGGUGAAUUUUGGAGGCCGCUAUGGGGCACUGGGAAUCAGUCGACGCGAGGAGCUCAUGUACAAAGCACCGGUCUUCCGCACACUGAGCGAACUCAUCUUUGACUUCGAGGAGGCAUAUCGCCGUUGCUGGCACACUCUCAAAAAGGUGAAGCUGGGCCACUGUGUGUCCCAUGACCCACACAGCGUGGAGCAGAUUGAGUGGAAGCACUCCAUCCUGGAUCUAGACAAGCUAACCCGGGAAGACUUCCGCAAAGAGCUAGAGAGACAUGCCCGCGAUAUGAGGCUGAAGAUUGGCAAAGGAACUGGGCCACCAUCUCCGACCAAGGACAGAAAGAAAGAUGUCUCCUCCCCACAAAGAGGUCAGGCCAGCCCCCAUCGGCGCAACAGCCGCGGGGACCGACGGCCAUCUGGUGAGAAGAAGCCGGCUGAUUCCAAAGCCAUGCCAGACCUCAAUGGGUACCAGAUCCGGGUGUGA